GAGAUCAAAUCAUUGUCAUUUAAUUACGACGAAACUAAUUAAAUAGUCACGUAAGAAUUCAGUUUCUACUGAAUCGAUAGUAUAAUUUUGAUUUGUGCAAACAUAUAGAAUGUUGAAUUGUGUAUGAAAAUUUGCUGCAAAAAUAUAUUUACGCAACAUUUGUGCCAUUAUUCUUUUAAUUGUUUUUGAAAACUUUUUUUUUGUACAUUGGUGAAAUAAUAUAUCACAAUGGAAACGACCGAAAAUUUUAGUAAACCAAUCGAAAAUCUAAGUAAAAAACCCGCCAAAGGUAUUUUGAAGUCAACAUCGAGCUCUGAACAUCAGCCACCACAGCUUAAUAGGCAAAAUUCUCAAGACAAGGAUAUCAAAUGGGAUGAAACGAAUAUUUUGCAAACACUACAUCCACCGGACAAAGAUUAUGGCCAUAUGAAAAUCGAAGAACCGAAAACUCCAUAUUCAUAUUUUGUUGAAGAUGAUGAUGGACAAUGUCAUUCAGAUAAUGAAAUGGUGGGUGAAAUUGAUCCGGAAAAUUUGGCCAAAUUAAUCGACAAGACAACCAGUUCAAAAUCAAAAUUUACAUUCGAUGCAAUGGAACAAGAUGAUUCGGAUCAAAGCGAUUUCGAAGAAAUCGAAAAUGAAACCGAAGAAGAACGUAUGAGACGAAAAGAAUUUGAACAAAAACGGAAAAAACAUUAUAAUGAAUAUCAGAUGGUCAAAUUGGCAAGAAAAUUGAUGAAAGAUGAAAUGAACGAAGAUGAUGAUGAUGAUGAUGAUGAAGAUGAUGAUGAAUGAUUGAUUGAUCGAAAAUCUCUAGAUGAAAGUGAAGCUCCAUUCUUUCGUAAAUAUCUCUUUUGGUUUAGCUGAAAACUUUCUUCUAACAACAAAACACAACACACACACACACAAAAAAAAAGUUUUCUAACUCACAUUUGGCAAAGUAUUAUCAAGCUUUAUGCAUUCAUUCAUUCUUGCCAUUCAAUCACAAUUAUGUAGUGAUCACAAUUAGCCAUUCAUUAUCCAUUGGUCAUGGAGUGAAUUUAUUUGUUUUUCUAUAAAAUGUACAUAUAACAUUUUUUCUCUUCUUGUUCAUUCACCCAAUUCAUUCAAUUUUUUUUUUUGCUUUUUUUCCUUGUUGUUGAGCAAUCUAAUCUGUAGAAGAUAACUUUUCUCAUUCAUUCUCAGCCAUCAAUUAAAAACAAUUGUCAAAAGUGAGCGUUAAACAUUCAUUAAAUAUGAAUUCAUUUUGA